AUGAAAUUACAUGGAAUCAUCACCGCACUGCACCGCAUCACCGCUGCAUCGGACCGCAUCACUGCGGCUUGUAUUUGGGAUUACUUCAAUUUGAAAAAGCAUACAUUACUGACGGCUUCAGACCGCCAGACAUUGGAGGAUGCAAACAUGACAAUGGACCAUGAUAUUCUUCUAGAAGUUUCAGUCGAUACAGAUCGUUCUUCUCAUUCUGGUGUGCAUUCAAUAGGAAAUGAAUUAGCAUUGGUACCAUUAGAACCUCCAAGAUCAUCUGUGUCAAUUGCAGGGGGACCUACCUUGUCAAAUGGUCACUCAACUGGGUCUGGUUUUAAUUUGUAUCAGGGAAGUUCUGUAAGUUCAUCAUUGACUACCAUAGAUGAUAACUAUGACAUAUAUAGAGGUGAAAGAGGUGGUUUAGCAGGUCUGCAGAACUUGGGGAAUACCUGCUUUAUGAAUAGCGCUCUUCAAUGUUUAGUCCACACUCCACCACUUGUUGAAUUUUUCUUACAAGAUUACAACGAUGAGAUCAACAGGGACAAUCCUUUAGGAAUGAGUGGUGAGUUAGCACUUGCAUUUGGUGACUUGUUGAGGAAACUCUGGUCCUCUGGGCGAACUGCAAUUGCACCACGCGCGUUCAAGGGAAAGUUGGCCCGAUUUGCUCCACAAUUCAGUGGUUAUAACCAACAUGAUUCUCAAGAAUUGCUUGCCUUUUUAUUGGAUGGACUGCAUGAAGAUUUGAAUCGUGUGAAACAAAAGCCUUACAUUGAAAUGAAGGACUCAGAUAAUAGGCCAGAUGAGGAAGUUGCAUACGAGUGUUGGAAAAAUCAUAUGGCUCGGAAUGAUUCAUUGAUUGUUGAUGAAUGCCAGGGUCAAUACAAAUCAACAUUGGUUUGUCCUGAAUGUGGCAAAAUUUCAAUUACUUUUGAUCCAUUUAUGUAUUUAUCAUUACCACUUCCUUCAACUGUCACCCGGGCAAUGACAGUUACUGUCUUUUAUUGUGAUGGGAGUGGUCUUCCCAUGCCGUACACAGUGAAUGUUCUGAAUCAUGGUUGCUGCAGAGAUCUUUGCCAAGCAUUGGGCACUGCAUGCUGUUUGAAGAGUGAUGAAAUGCUUUUGCUUGCAGAGGUUUAUGAGAAUAAGAUUUAUCGAUAUCUAGAGAACCCGUUAGAGUCAUUGACUUCUAUCAAGGAUGAAGAACAUAUUGUGGCCUAUCGACUCAAGAAUGGAGCCAGGAAAACAAAACUAGAAAUAUUGCAUCGAUGUCCGGAUAAUGUGAAGGGUGGAGACAGGAAGAUCUUUGGAACUCCCUUGGUUACUUAUUUGGUAGAAGAUCCUCAAUAUGGAGCAAACAUUGAGGCAUAUGUACAUAGAAUGUUGGCACCUUUAGGAAAAGCACAUUCUUCAACUAGGUCUCAUGAAGGGAAGGAAAAUGGUUUCAUCUCAGGUGGUAGUGAUGAGCGCUUUUGUAGUGAUGUUUGUUUCAAUAACAAGGACGAAGCUAAAGUGAACGUUGCAAACUUGUGUGAAAGACUCUGA